AUGGCCGACCCACUGGAUGCAGCACUUGACCUUCUACGUCGCUUGAAACCACAAGACAUUGCAAGCAACCUCAAAACGCUCUGUGAGACGUGUCCCGAGAUUGCCGAAGACUUGCUAGGCACUGUUGAUCAACCACUUCUCAUCAAGACCUGCAAGCAAACAGCCAAGGAUUUCCUUGCUUGUGACUUCAACAGGGAAGAAGACAGUUAUCGUUCACCGUGGAGUAACCAGCUUGAUCCACCCAUUCAAGACGCGUCUGUGCCGGCUGCCGGAUUACGACAAUUGGAAGUUGCGCUGAAUGAGGCAUUUGACGUGUACAGAGAUCUUUACUAUGAAGGUGGUUUGUCUUCCGUUUACCUCUGGCAACCUGAAGAAGGUGCCCUUGCCGGUGCCAUCUUACUCAAGAAGCAAGCACCGGGACAAUACAGUAAAGGCAGUUGGGAUGCGAUCCAUGUCUUUGCGGCAUUUGAACAAGGUGGUGGUGGGAAGCAUGGUAGUAUGCGGUAUGAAUUGACAUCAACGGUGAUGCUCGAUAUGACCAUGACGAAUGAUGCACUCGAUUCAAUGAAUUUGGGUGGUAACAUGACGCGUCAGCAUCAACAGACGUGUAGUUUUUCGGAUGCAGCAUCGCAUGUUGGCAACUUGGGUCGCUUGGUGGAGGAGAUGGAGAUCAAGAUGCGGAAUCUCCUGCAGGAAGUGUAUUUUGGCAAGACGAAGCAGAUUUGUCAUGAGCUACGCUCCUUACAGCCACUUGCACAGGCGAGAGCAGAGAAGGAGAAGCAAGGAAAUCUGAUGAAGCAGGUGCCUGCGAAAGAUGCCGGGCAAGCAAUUUCUUAA